UGUAUUUGCAGCAGUUCAUCAUUUUGCCAAAAUAUGGGAUAACAGAGGAAUGGUUACCUCCUCUGGAAACCCAGUUCAGCAUGCAGAUCUACUGAAGCAACUGUUACAAACAGUACAACUACCGCGACAUUUAGCAAUUUGCAAAUGUGCAGCACAUCAGAAGGAUGACUCUGAAAUUACUAAGGGAAACAAUUUUGCUGAUAGAGCUGCAAAAGCAGCAGCCAUAGCAACCACAGUCUUAUUAACAACUCAUGAAAAUCACACUAUUCCACUAUCUGUACUGCAGGACGAACAAAAAGCAGCAUCAUCGAAAGAACAAAGGCAAUGGCUAAAACACGGAGCAGUACUAGACACUGAUGACAUAAUGAAAAUAGCAGGAAAACCCAUUCUUCCCAAAUCAUUACACAAAACAGCCGCUCUAGUGAGCCAUGGCUUAAGCCAUGUUUCAACCGGAGGGAUGAUCUCCAUAAUAAAUCAACAAUUUCAUACUUUAAAUUUUGAAACUUCAGCAAAAGAAUAUGUGAGAACAUGUAUGACCUGCCAAAAACACAAUACCCAAGGUAACUUAAGACCAAAAAGAGGACAUUUUCCUACACCACCUCACCCAUUUCAUACAAUUCAUAUGGACUUCAUUGAAUUGAAUGAGUGUCAGGGCUCAAAAUAUGCUUUAGUAAUUAUCGAUGUUUUCUCAAAAUGGCCAGAAAUCUACCCAGUGAAAAAAGCAGACGCAAUCUCAGUCGCAAAGUGUCUAUGCAACCAUUUCAUUCCAACAUAUGGUAUUCCUACUCUGAUAAGAUCAGAUAAUGGAACCCAUUUUGUAAAUGACGUAAUCAGCAAAGUAUCUGAAGCACUAGGUUUCAGUAUAAAACAUCAUUGUGCCUACCAUCCACAGAGUGCAGGAUUAGUGGAGAGAACAAAUGGCACUAUAAAACAAAGGCUCAGAAAAACAAUGGAAGAAACUGGCAGACCAUGGCCAGAAUGUGUAGGCCUGGUCAAAAUGUGGAUGAGAAUAACACAAGGAAGUAACAAACUGUCCCCAUUUGAAAUUAUACAUGGGCGACCUUUUCCAUUACCAGUUACUAGUGAGCCACUAGAUAAAUCAAUCCGUGAAACCACUCUGGCGGAUUGGAUGACUCAAUUGUUAGCAAACAGAGAAGUUGUUUUAAACAAUAAACUGCCGCAAGACUCUUUUUCACCUAUUUUUUGCAGGUUGAAGCCAGGUGAUUGGAUCCUUGUUCGAGUACUCCAAAGGAAAAAUUGGAGCUCGCCACGGUGGGAGGGUCCAUACCAAGUGCUUCUGACCACUCCAACGGCCUGCAAAAUAGCAGAGAGACCCUCCUGGAUACAUCAGAGCCACUGCAAAAAGCUUGAGGUCCCAGAGGAUUCCACUUCCUCCACAGAAGUCAACUAGCAAAGGAAAGUUUCACCCUC